UUGUUCACAAUUAAAUUGUUGGAAGCUUCGGGUUACAAUCAGUUCCCCGGGAAAUCUUUGCAAUUUAAUACUGAAUAGAUUAAUAUUAUAUAAUUGGUAGGGAAGUCGAAGGAAUGAGUUUGGACUUAUAUCGUUAUAUCUGAUAUAUCUGAUUAUCUCUUAAGUCAAUUUCUCUUACAAAUUUUCAAACUGGUUGAAUUGGAGCUCGAAUUCAUUAGUUUGAAGUGAAGACUUCAAAAAGAUGGCACAGUCGAAAAGCAAUAAUGAUGAAGGUUACGACUUUUCAACUCCUCAACACUUCAGUGAUUUGGUGCUCGUCGUCGAAAACACCAAGUUUAACGUCCAUAAAUGCGUUCUUUCGAUGUCUUCUCCCGUGUUUGAGAAAAUGCUUACGUUAGAUUUCCUUGAAAAGGACGCCAAGCAAAUAGAUCUACCAGGGAAGAAAAGAGCUGAAUUUGGUGCUUUUCUAAGAGUGAUUUACGCAGACGUAAUUUCCCAAGGAAAGCAAACCAACGAUCUUCUUCAUUCUAAGCAAAUAUUUAAUACAUUUGCAGAGGAAAACUAUGAGUUUCUCCUCCAAAUUGCUGAAGAAUACCAAGUCAAUAAAGUAAAACAUCUGUGCUGCAAGUUUUUAAUCUCAAACGUUGAAGAAUCCAAUUGUCUUGGGAUUUAUAAAGUAGCGGAAUCCUACAACCUUGAAGAUGUCAUGGAAAAGUGUGCAGAAGUGGCAUCUCGCAAACCUCGCUGGGUUUUGGAAAGUUCUGAGGAGUUUCGUGGAUUAAAAAAAGAGAAUCAGAAGAUGGUAUUUGCCAAACAAGACAGAUAUUUUGAUGAAUCUUUAAAGAAAUGCAAAAGAAAUGAAGACCAGGAGCCAGCACCUUCUUCUAUUAGAGAAUCACUUCGAUAAACUGAUAAACUAGCUAAAGAGCCGCGUUGCAAGAAAAACCUUGAUUCUUUCACCUUCAAAAGACACAAAAUUCCAUUUAUCAGUAAGCAAUGCGUUUAAUUUAGUUUUAUGGCUUGUCCUAUGCAGCUCUGAACCUUAUUAUCUACUGUGUAYCGAAUWRAAUUUUUUAGUGUGAACUUUUCUCUGAGCAUCCAUGUAAACCUUGCAAGAGAAGAAACAACGAGACUAAUGGAGGGUUGUUCAAAGAAGUACUUUAUGAUUGGGAACUUGCAAAAUGUAAUGCUUGAACAAACUGACAAAAAUGAUAAUUUUAGAGAGUCUUGUUUGUAAUAAUAUGCUGUAAUAAAUCUUCAAUUUAUUUAUUUA